GUGAACUUGGCUGUUUCUGUAAAGACAGGGCUAGGUUAGGCUGCAAUUUGAUUCUGCCCUGUGCAGAGUUUGGCUGCGAAGGAAGAAACCAGAAAGCAGACGCAGGGGGGAAAACGGCCACAGGAUGGAAACAGCGAGGGCAAACGGGACCACAGGCAAGCAAGAGGAAGCGAAGACCCCCACUUCUCCAAAGAAAGAGACAGAAGAAGGGAAGAAAUCCAGCAGCCCAAACAAAAAGGAGAAAGAAACCAAUAAAAACAACGUUGCUCCGAACCUGGAGACAGGCCAACUCAAGAAUUCUAUCUACUCUGGAGGUGACUGGAAGAGGCCGAUCAUCCAGUUUGUUGAAUCUUCUGAUGAAAAGAGGGCAACCUACUUCAAUAUGGAGGCCGGGGAGGCCAAGAAGCCCAAUUUCCCUACAGGGCAGCUAGGAGAAACCCGGAGAUCCCAGGUCUCCUUUCCAGAGAGAGGAGACUUGAGGAAGCCCCUGUUCAACAUGGAGACAAAGAAAACUUUCAGCAGUGAAGAAGUGAAAAAGCCAAUGUAUUCCAGUGGGCAGAUUGCAGAUCUAAGGAAACCCAUAACCUCCCUAGGGGAAUCUGGAGAGACCAAAAGGACCAACUACAACAGGGUCAGCAGGGUAUCUAGUGGAAGACCCCGUGUGAAUCUGGAAGAGGUCCUUUGUGACUCUUGCAUCGACAACAAGCAGAAGGCGGUGAAGUCCUGCCUGGUGUGUCAAGCCAGCUUCUGCGAGCUUCACCUGAAGCCCCACUUCGAAGGGGCCGCGUUUCGAGAUCACCAGCUUCUGGAUCCCAUCAAGGACUUUGAAGCCAGAAAAUGCCCCAUACAUGGCAAGACGAUGGAGCUCUUCUGCCAGACCGACCAAGUCUGCAUCUGUUAUCUCUGCAUGUUCCAGGAACACAAGAACCAUACCACAGUGACGGUAGAGAUUGAGAAAUCUGGCAAAGAGACUGAACUCUCUUUGCAAAAAGAGCAGCUACAGCUGAAGAUCAUCGAGCUUGAAGAUGAAGUGGACAAGUGGCAGAAAGAGAGGGACCGCAUCAAGAAUUUUACUGCCAAUGAAAAAGCCACGGUAGACCAGCAUUUCAAAGAGCUGAUCCGUGACCUGGAGAAACAGCGUGAGGAAGUCAAGGCUGGUCUGGACCACAGGGAGAAGGUUGCAGUAGAGAACAUCAAGGAGAUCAUGGAAGAACUGGAAGAAAGAGUCAAACUGUUGCAAGAUGAUAAGGAAACUAGGGAGCAGAUUGGCCAGAUUAGCGAUUCCGUGCUCUUCCUACAGGAAUUUGGAGCAAUGAUGAGAAGCUAUGUUAUUCCUCCAUCUUUGCCAACAUAUAGCAUCUUACUUGAAGGAGAGAACAUGAGUCCAGCAAUGGGAAUACUCAGAGAUGAUCUCCUGAAUGUAUGCAUGAGGCACGUUGAGAAAAUCUGCAAGGCAGACCUUAGCAGGAAUUUCAUUGAGAGAAACCACAUGGAAAAUGGGGAUCACCGUUACAUGAUGAACAACUUCUCUGACUGGAACCAGCCAGAUAGCCUGAAGAGGUUUUCCAUGUUCCUGACUCCAAAAGGAGGAAAUUACAAUACCCGAGGUUGGGAAUUUUCUACCAUGCAAACUGCAGAAGAGACUCUUACAACAGGGAACUCAGCUUUCUCCCUGAAAGUUGGCAAUGGAACCAAGAUGCCAUAUCAGUUUCCCCCAAUUGGCCAGAGUUCACCUGGGGAUUUCAGCAAGCAGUCUGACGGCAGCCUCUAUACUAAGAAUGCCUAUCCUUCAAUCGUGAGGCACCAAACCUCAAAGGCACAGCCACAGACAUGGAAAUCUUCCAAGCAAAGCAUGCUGUCUCAUUUCCGCCCCUUCUACGUCAACAAGGGCAAUGGAGUCACUUCCAAUGAAGCACCCUGAGCAGGAUGGUUGUGGAGGAGGAAGUCAUGCCAAACAAGAAUGUCCAUGGAUAUUCCUGCUCUUGUAUUGAUCAAAUUGUUCUAAUUCUUUUUUUUUUUUAAAGAGUGUGGGGGGUGGGUGCUCUAGAGGAAAGGUAUAGCAUUCUGGGAGAAAAUGGGUCCCACCACACUCUUUUCGAUCCAUGCUUUGCAGCCUCUGAGAACUAAGUUCACCCCAGAUAGAUCCCAGUUCACUAAUGCAUUACCUUUUCCAGUUGUAACUGCUUUGCUCUUACUAAUUCCUCACUAGUGUUUACUCAUAGUAUUCCCAAGAUUCAUUUGGUUUAAGCAAACAAGCUGCUGCUUAGAACUGUGACUUCAGCUGCUGACUUCUACCUGCAGCUGUAACCGCUGCUGACAUCAAUGGGGGGCUCUUGUGUGGUCAACACUGUUCCAAAGCUAUCUACUUGAACCCAGUGAUCAAAAAAGUCCACAAAAUAUUAACCAGUUCCCUCUGGCCGCUAGCCAGGUCAUGGUUGUGAACCUCUAGCUAAAGGGCUUUGAGAAUUGUCCAUCAUCACAAUUUCUCUCCCUCCUGCCGGUUGUUCAAAUUACAGAAGAGGAAAAAAAAAUCCAUCUUGCUAAUAGAAGAUUGAUUAGAUGUCUUAGCUAUGUUCUUCUCCACCGAGGCUGCUGGCUGAUAUGCUUUGGUUCAGUUGUUCUGUUUACAUUCGAGGAGAAUUAUUUUCAAAAGCGGGUGCAUGCGGGUGCAUCUUCUCCUCUUCAGUUUCCUCCUCAUUGGAAACUAAGAAUCAGGGCUAAGGGUGAGGUAGAACUCUGUGCAAUGUUCCAGAUAAAAGGAACAUGUUAGAGUUGCCAGGGGAACCACGUUGCCCCAUCCCAACAUUGGUACGUAAACUUCAACAUCUCCUACAAGACUGGGGGAAUCUCACCUGUCUCCAACUCUGGGAGAGCUGCAUAUGGUUGAAUGCAUCAGAAAUUCCUUCCAAGGAAGAAUCUUUUAAGAAGGCAAAGAAAUGAAUUAAGAAGACUGAAAUGAAUUUUACGUUGGUUUUCAUUCUAGACUGUUAUUUUUUGUUCUUUCAGAGUAAGCUUCCUUGUCCAUUCCAAUGUAUUCAAUAAACCCAGACACACACAUCAGCAGCCUUUGAGGGGAUAUUGGUCAGGAUAACGGGGAAUUGUUGAAAAUGACUUCCAGGGACAUACCUUCCCCAUAUAAACAUUCAUGUCCCUUUCUUCCUUCCCUCUUUCUCCUUCCCUCCCUUCCUUCCUGAACUUUUUGUGUUGGGCUUUGCUGCAAUCAAAAGAUGCAGGCACUCUCUGCUUUGUUUC